AUGACGUUCAGUUCAUCAGUCAGCCCAAGAAUUCUCGGCAGCAGAGGCACAACCGACGCAGACCAGCCACCACAUCCAGCAGUCCGACUCAGGAAGGGCCUCAUCAACAGCGGUACUGCUUACAGGAAGACCAAGGCUACACUCUACAGCCUACAGGAUGCUGAAGAAUUCUACGUGCUCAGCAACUACAUCAACAAAUCCAAGGCCUCGAAGCGGUACUGGCUUGCAUUCCUGAGCGCUCCGUACACCAAAGAGGACGAGAAGGUAUAUAACUCUGGGUGGUCUGUCGAGAUCGCGAUCCCGAAGAAGGCUCAACCUGAAGCCGGCGAGCAUGGCGAGGGAACACUUCCCGCUCCCUGGGAGGAAAGUAGGCCGGCUUUCGAUACCAUACCAAAACCAAAAAGGUUCAAUUUUCUCCACUCGCAUGGUAUGAAGUUGAGCCUAUCGUCCAUCGGCUGGGAGACGACCCCUCGGCCGGUCGACCACCUCCUAACGGGCAUCCGCAAUUCCUCGCCGCCAAAAAGACGACGGUUGACGAAGCGGCGAGUGAGGCAUGAGGAUCGAUCCGUCAGGUCGGCAGUUAUCAAAGUCCGGGACCAUCUACGCCCUAAACGAAUGGUCAAGGGUAUUCGAGGCGUCCUAGUAGACGACCUCUUCUGGUUUCAGGAAGAGUUGGGCAUCGAGACAUCAGACUCAAUGCAAUUCCUUUACGACCGCGAGUGGCUCCAGUAUCGAGAGGCCGCCUCCAUCAGCCUCCCCUCACGGGCCUGA